AUGUGGUUGGGGGGGUGGAAUGUUUCAAACAGUUGCUAUGGUCACACAGUAGCAUGCGGAGCUGCCGGAGUAGCUGAGAACCUGCUGCAUCAGCUGCUACAGGUUUCAUGUCUAAUUGAGACAGACUGGAUUUGGACGAUGAAGUCCAGCCUAAUGCAUUUGAUUCCUCCAGUGAGUAGGGACAGAAUAAUCUCCCAUUUUCCCAAGUGGUAUACGCCAGAGGCCUGUCUCCAGUUCAAAGACCACUUCCAUGCACUGAUCAGGAGUGCUUGUCAGCAACGCAACACUGGGACAGUUGGGCUGAAAAUAUCCAAAGUGGUUGUGGUAGGAGACCUCUAUGUUGGGAAAACCAGCCUCAUCAACAGGUUUUGUAAAGAUAUUUUUGACCGAGACUACAAGGCAACCAUUGGAGUGGAUUUUGAAAUUGAACGGUUUGAAAUAGCUGGAGUGCCAUAUAAUCUCCAGAUAUGGGACACAGCAGGUCAGGAAAAGUUCAAGUGCAUUGCAUCUGCUUACUACAGAGGAGCAGAGGUUAUUAUAACAGUGUUUGAUCUGGCUGAUAUCCAGACUUUGGAACACACGAAGCAGUGGCUAGAGGAUGCAUUGAGGGAGAAUGAGCCAGGGUCCAGCUUCAUCUUUCUGGUUGGAACAAAAAAAGAUUUAGUGUCAGGUGCCGCAUGUGAGCGGACAGAACUGGAUGCCAUUCGCUUUGCUAAUGAGAUGCAGGCUGAAUACUGGUCUGUCUCAGCAAAAACAGGGGAAAAUGUAAAGGAGUUUUUUUCUCGAGUUGCUGCCUUGGCCUUUGAACAGUCUAUGCUGAAGGAGCUGGAGAAGAGCAAUGGUCGCAUGGCCCAGAUUGGGGCAGGAAACCUCAUCAAAAUAGAAGGAAAUUCACUGGAGACUCCAGAAAGCAACAGCCAAGCCAGCCUGAACUGCUGCUAGCUUCCAGUCAUUUCUGCAAGCAUCACACCUCCAUCUGCAUGUGCGUACACCUGCAUGGCGCACCUGCAGCAGGGAAAGCUCUCAAGCAGCUUCCAGUUGAGAGAUGGAAAGUCAGUUUAUCUCAGGAAAGAAUGGAGGAGCUGAAAAUGAUUCAAGCAACUUCCUUUCAGACAGAUGGUCUCUCUCCCACCCCUUGCUUUGUGCUCUCCUUGUGCAGGCGGCACAAUGGUACAUAAACCUUCCCUGUGCAAUGGGGAGAUUGCUUGUGUGAUCACCUGAGGGAUGACAAGCUGUCUUUACUCAAGGGGAUGGAAUCAACCGACCUCUUCCGCCUACUACCAGGAGGACCUGUAAAAAAAUGUUCUGUACUUGUUUUAUGUUCUUGGUAGCCACCAGAACUCUAGAAUCUUGGACAGUGAAGUCCUGGCCCCAUUCUUGUGGGAGCAGAAAACACAUGGCAGUGCUGA